UGUUGUCAUAUCAACUAUUUGUUAAAUUAACCACUGGAUUUUUACCAUCGCUUCACUAUUUCGUUAAUUGAAAAUAAAUAAAUACCUAAAUAAAAUGGAAAGACCACAGAAAAUGCCCAAAGUGGCAAAGGUAAAAAACAAAGCGCCUGCCGAGGUACAAAUCACGGCGGAGCAAUUGCUUCGAGAAGCCAAAGAACGUGAUUUGGAAAUUCUUCCGCCACCUCCCAAACAAAAGAUAUCAGACCCCGCUGAGUUAGCUGAUUACCAACAGCGUAAACGCAAAGUAUUUGAAGACAAUCUUCGCAAAAAUCGCAUGGUAGUUAGCCAUUGGAUAAAAUAUGCGCAGUGGGAGGAAUCACAAAAGGAAAUACACCGAGCUCGUUCAAUAUGGGAACGUGCCCUGGAUAAUGAGCAUCGAAACAUUACCAUUUGGUUAAAAUAUGCUGAAAUGGAAAUGAAGAAUAAGCAAGUUAACCAUGCACGAAAUUUGUGGGAUCGCGCUGUUACCAUCAUGCCGCGCGUUAAUCAGUUUUGGUACAAGUACACCUAUAUGGAGGAAAUGUUGGACAAUGUAGCAGGAGCCCGGCAAGUGUUUGAACGCUGGAUGGAAUGGCAACCUGAGGAACAAGCUUGGCAAACCUAUGUUAAUUUUGAACUUCGCUAUAAAGAAAUCGAUCGGGCGCGUGCAAUCUAUGAACGUUUCGUUUACGUUCACCCUGAUGUUAAAAACUGGAUUAAGUUUGCGCGAUUCGAAGAGUCGCAUGGAUUUGUACAUGGAGCUCGACGGGUUUACGAGCGAGCCGUGGAAUUCUUUGGAGAUGAUUACAUCGAUGAGCGACUGUUUAUUGCUUUUGCGCGAUUUGAAGAGGGCCAGAAAGAGCAUGAUAGAGCACGCGUUAUUUACAAAUAUGCAUUAGAUCAUCUGUCCAAAGACCGAACAAAGGAGCUUUAUAAAGCUUACACAAUACAUGAGAAAAAAUAUGGCGAUAGGGCAGGUAUCGAAGAUGUUAUUGUGUCCAAGCGAAAAUUCCAAUAUGAGCAGGAGGUGGCUGCUAAUCCCCAAAACUACGAUGCCUGGUUUGACUAUCUGCGUCUCAUCGAAGGUGAGGGUGACGUUGAUGUCAUACGAGAAACAUAUGAACGAGCCAUCUCCAACGUCCCACCGGCUAAUGAGAAAAACUAUUGGCGUCGUUAUAUUUACUUGUGGAUAAAUUAUGCCCUCUACGAAGAACUGGAAGCUGAAGAUUUAGAACGCACUCGACAAAUAUAUAAAACCUGCCUUGAGCUUAUUCCACACAAAAAAUUUACAUUCAGUAAAAUUUGGCUAAUGUAUGCACAAUUUGAAAUUCGAUGUAAAGAAUUACAAAAGGCACGUAAAACAUUAGGAAUGGCGAUUGGUAUGAGCCCGCGGGACAAGCUUUUCCGAGGAUACAUUGAGUUGGAAAUUCAACUACGUGAAUUCGAUCGCUGUCGCUUACUUUAUGAAAAGUUUCUCGAAUUCGGUCCGGAGAAUUGCGUUACGUGGAUGAAAUUCGCAGAGCUUGAAAAUUUACUUGGUGACACCGACCGAGCGCGCGCUAUCUAUGAGCUGGCGGUACAACAGCCGCGACUCGACAUGCCCGAGCUACUGUGGAAAGCGUAUAUUGAUUUUGAAGUAUCACAGACUGAGACUGAGUUGGCACGUCAGCUUUAUGAGCGUCUUUUGGAGCGCACGCAUCAUGUGAAAGUAUGGAUGUCUUACGCCAAGUUCGAAUUAACACAACACGGCGCUGAAUUAUCCGACGAUGAUCCUGAAUUAAAUAUAAAACUGUCGAGACGUGUCUAUGAGCGUGCCAAUGACACUUUGCGCACUUCUGGUGACAAAGAGUCGCGUGUAUUGUUAUUAGAAGCAUGGCGUGACUUUGAAAGAGAAGCGGGCGAUGUUCACACACUAAAGAAGGUGAUGGAGAAAAUGCCCCGUCGCGUGAAAAAGCGUCAAAAGAUCGUAUCAGAAAGUGGAGUGGAAGAAGGGUGGGAGGAAAUAUUUGAUUACAUAUUCCCUGAAGAUGAAAUGGCACGGCCAAAUCUUAAACUGCUUGCUGCAGCUAAAAUGUGGAAAAAGCAAAAAGAAACUGUAAGUACAGAACCAGCGUCGAGUGACUCUGGCGACCUUGUCAAUACAACGGUAGAUGAGUAAUAAUUUAUAUAUGUAAACAGUUUAUAACACAUCUCUCAGACUAAGAAAUAAAACUUCUGCGAUUGAUUUUCGCUUCACUAUAA